AUGGUGAUUAUGGUAUUAUCAGUGACGAUUACUGCAAAACAGUACGUUGGUUCACCGUUGCAGUGUUGGGUACCGGCACAGUUCUCGAAAGCCUGGGAGCAAUAUGCAGAAGAUUACUGUUUUGUGUACAACACCUACUGGGUACGACCCGACGACGAGAUUCCUAAUUCAGUUGACACGAGAGUCGCUCAGCAGUUGAUCUACUAUCAAUGGGUUCCUUUUAUAAUGGCUCUGGAGGCUGCGUUCUUCUAUCUACCUGUGAUAUUUUGGAGUCAUGUGAAUAACAGAUCAGGUCUGAAUGUCGAGAAUCUCGUUCGUAUGGCAGUAGCAGCUGAAACGGCUGAGGAUUCUGGCCGCGAGAAAAAAGUGUCCACCAUUUGCACUCAUCUCGAACACAGUGUUGAACUUCAAAUGUCUCUGAGUGAAGGUGCCUCUUUUUUCACGCAUCUUGCUAAAUUCGGACGAUUGGAUGGAACCUAUGUGUGCAAGUUCGUUCUGAUCUGA